GCAUUUGAAAUGCAGCGGGAAUUAGUGAGUUUCCCGCUGUCUCCAGCGGUGCGGGUGAAGCUGGUAUCUGCGGGUUUCCAGACUGCUGAGGAACUCCUGGAGGCAAAGCCCUCCGAACUCAGCAAAGAAGUUGGGAUAUCUAAAGAGGAAGCCUUAGAAACUCUGCAAAUUAUAAGAAGAGAAUAUCUCACAAAUAAACCAAGAAGUGAUAGUACACCUGAUACUUCAUGCAAGAAGUAUACAGCCCUGGACCUCCUUGAGCAAGAGCAUACCCAAGGCUUCAUAGUUACCUUCUGUUCAGCACUAGAUAAUAUUCUUGGGGGUGGCAUACCCUUAAUGAAAACAACAGAAAUUUGUGGUGCACCAGGUGUUGGAAAAACACAAUUAUGGUAAAAUACGAUAUUCCUGUCUUGAGGUAUGCAAUUGGCGGUUGAUGUGCAGAUACCAGAAUGUUUUGGAGGAGUGGCAGGUGAAGCCAUUUUCAUUGAUACAGAG